GAUUUAGAGCCCUUCUUCUCACCUCUUCAAUUUCAACAUUCUUCUGUCAACCUCCUCGGUCGGAACCAAGAAACAUAACAAAGCGAAGAGAAAAAAGCGAGGUAGUAUGCCGGUUAAUCCGAAAUAUGCAUUGCAGAAUGUACCUGGAUAAGGGAAAGGUCUUGUUGCAACCCAGGACAUUCCCAAGGGUACUCGAAUCACCGAAGAGACGUUAAUUAUACGAGGCCUAAACGAGCACCUAGGGGAUUUUCCCUUCGAAGUCAAGUCAAUGCCCUGAAUGAUGAACAACGGCAAGCAUUCCUGUCUUUGGCAAAUGUACACCCUUACAAGAAUGCGGAUGAACGAUACUUAGGUGUUUUCAGAACAAAUGCUCUUCCUAUGGCAAGCAACGAUGAGGGCGGACUAUUCAUUGAAGCUUGUCGGAUCAACCACGCCUGUGAUAACAACGCCUCCAGUGACUGGAACGCGAAUAUUCAAAAACACACCAUUCACGCUGUGAGAGACAUCCAGAAAAGCGAAGGAAUCACGAUAAGUUACCUUGGAUCCCGCCCAUGGCCUCGCGAGAUUCGACGUCGGGUCCUUCAAGAUAAAUUCAAAUUUUUGUGUUCAUGCAGUCUUUGUGCUUUACCUACCAAAGAAUCCAGGAAAACUGACAGAGAAUUAAUGAAUAUUGCUUCGAUUAUGACUCUUGUUCCCGGCACCUUUAUAAGAUAUCCGUUGCAGGCCUAUCAUUACAUGGAUCAAGCAGUCCAACUGUUCUCUAGGAAAGGACUGGGUGUCAGAUUCUUAGGUGGCCUUUUCGCUGAAGCUUCUACCAUCAACAUAGGUCACGGCGAUUUAGCACGAGCUCGUAUUUUGGCACAGAGAGCAAUACCUUACAUGAUAAUGUAUCAUGGUGGUGACAGUACACAAGCACGUGAUAAUAAACUUCGAGCGAGCCAUCCCUCCAUGGGAAGCUUUUACAGAUCUUUGUCUUCGAACUGGGCGAAAUCCAUCCAUGAUGUCCCGUCAGGUCUUGAUUCCGAUGAAUUUGAAGACUGGCUUUGGAGAAGAGAGGGACUACAGAACUCACAAAUAUAUUCUGAAAGCCCAGCAAGUUUUUUGAGCCAUUCCAUUUUCCCCACAUUCCUGGCACUUCCGCAUAGGAAACAGACGAGCCCAGAGUUCUAUGAGAGUAUUGAAGGAUCUAGUCAACGGCCACGACGUCACUGGUGCUUCUUGGGCCACAUCCUGGACUUUGAAACAUCGCCUCCCAUAAUUCUAGUCAAAGAUAUUAAUGACACGAUCGUCGAACUCUCACUCAAAGCCAAUGCACGAGACAUAGUUUCUAGACUUCGAAAAGCGCAUACGGUCGCAAUUCUUUAUGCGCAACGCGAUGGCACAACUACUGAACCUGAAAUGCGCCUCGAAAAUGUCUCAUUACUUUAGAUCUUCCCGAUCUCUUUGAUUCACUUGAUUGCAUUAAGAGAUGUGACCCAAGAAUUCACAACA